AUGCAGGCUGGUUUUGCAUUUUUGGAAGCUGGCUCAGUUCGAUCUCAAAAUACCACCAGCAUUCUCUUCAAGAACUUUAUGGAUGCUGUUUGCGGCUGUGUGGCAUAUUGGGCAUUUGGAUAUGCAUUUGCUUUUGGAGGAGGCAAUGCAUUUAUUGGAACUAACCACUUUUUUCUUUCGGGAAUUGGGCUUUAUGGUCAAGAGUUAGUUAAAUGGUUUAUUCAUUAUGUCUAUGGUAUUACCGCAGCCACAAUUGUGAGUGGUGCCAUGGCAGAGAGAACACAAAUGAAGGGCUAUUUUAUAUUUACAAUUAUAUGCAUAGGAUGGAUACAACCAGUUAUAGCUCACUGGGCUUGGGCACCACAAGGAUGGCUAUUUUCUGGGGUUAUUGAUGAAAACCAUAAUGUAACAGUUCGCUAUAUGGAUUUUGCUGGAAGCAGUGUCAUUCAUGUCGUCGGAGGAGCAUCUGCUCUCGUUGGUGCUGCUGUAGUUGGUGCACGUAGGGGUCGUUUUGAUGAAAGGGGAAGGUCAAGUAUGAUAUCUUCAAAUACAACAACAAUGUCUACACUCGGAGGUUUUAUUAUUUUAUUUGGCUUUUUUUCAUUCAACCUGCUUUCAACUGGUGAUCUUUCCAAACCAAAUACUGGUGGUGUACUUGGUCUUAUUGCGGUCAACUGCAUAAUGGCAGCUUCUGGUGGUAGCCUUAGUUCUCUCAUAUAUAGACGAUUUAGUGAUAAGGUAAAUCAACAAUGGAGUCUUGUGUCUGCAAUCAAUGGCUCAUUAGCUGGAUUGGUUGCUAUAAGUGCCUGUGCCAACAGUGUGUAUUCUUAUUGUGCUUUUGUUAUUGGAGUAAUAUCAGGUGUGGUGUACAGCUUUGUAGCAAAGUUGGUGGAAAAUAAAAGACUGGAUGAUCCAUUGGAUGCUAUCGCAGUGCAUUUUGGUGGUGGUGUAUGUGGAAUUCUGUGCGUCCCAUUUCUGGAUGCCAAUAUGGGGUUAUUCUAUAAAGGAAACAAAGUAUCCAUGUUGCUACUUGGUUGGAAUUUAUGUGGCCUACUUGUAAUAAUCGUAUGGACAUUGAUGUGGGCUUCUCUUAUAUUUGGAAUUAUGUCGUGGCUAAAUAUUCUCCGAGUUACUUCAGAUGAAGAAAGAAGAGGUCUUGAUAUUGUAAAACAUGGAGAAAGAGCUUAUCCUUAUCAAGUGAAUGUUCAAGAUAGAUCAUCCUCUCUCACUCUAUGUGAAGCUCUUACCAAUAUGUAUAGCGGAAUGCCAACUGCUCGCAAUGUGAAGCACGAGAAUUCAAGUCACGACAAAGCGACAGGAGAUGGAAACGCUGCAGAAAAAGGUGCUAAAGAAGAAGCUGGCGUAGGAAGUUCCAAAGCAUCACUGCAUAGCAGUGAUUGCGUAGAGAUCGAUCCAGUGUCUGUUGUGUAGCUGGUGUAGCAGUCUGGUAUACGGUCGGCAACACAAUCAUGUAACAGCUAGUAUAGAAACAUUAGGGUAUUGUUUGUUGACUAUAGAUGGUGCGAUUAUCUCUAUAGUAGACAGCACUCGGUAGCGGUGUUGUUAUUGCUCUUGAGCUGUAGUUUGUUCUAUAUGUACUACCACAAGACCAAAUCAAAUUUAUACUGCACCA